CUUGUGUUAUUGAGCAUUGCAUCAAGCUUUCAAAUCCCUUAUUGAUUCAUUAUCAGCUUGGAUUGUAUUUGACAGGGUAUAUUGACCAUGACCCUGACAGCAGCUAUACAUCAAUUAAGGCCACUUUCCUGCAAAGAGAGACCCAAUUGUCAAUGGCCACAUCCUUGGCAACUAGGUAUCCUCUUUGCAGGUCUUGGACUCUUAUCCAUUGGAGCUGGGGGCAUUAGGCCCUGCAACAUUGCCUUUGGUGCUGACCAAUUUGACACCAACACAAAAAAAGGCAGGGCGCAAUUGGAGAGCUUCUUCAACUGGUGGUACUUCACUUUCACCAUUGCACUCAUUGGAGCACUCACAUGUGUUGUCUAUAUUCAAACCAAUGUCAGCUGGACCUUAGGCUUUGCCAUUCCAACCAUCUGUCUCGCUUUCUCAACGCUCAUCUUCCUUUUCGGCCGCCACACUUACAUCUACAAGAAGCCUCAAGGGAGCAUCUUCUCAGACUUGGCCAAGGUGGUUUCAGCAGCAUUUAGAAAAAGAAAACUAAACGCUUCUGGGAGAACCCUUUAUGAUCCUGCUCCUAUAGAUUUGGAAAAUGCUCCCCUUGUUCAGACAGAUAGGUUCAAAUUCCUUGAUAAGGCUGCUAUAAUAGCUGAUCCAAGUGAAUUGAACAACCAAGGCAUGCCAAGGAAUGCUUGGAGACUUUGCAGUUUGCAACAAGUCGAACGCCUCAAAUGCUUGAUGGGAAUUCUACCAGUUUGGGUGACAGGAAUCUGCACUUUCAUUGUAAUGGAUCAGCAGAACACUUUUGGGGUUCUUCAAGUUAUUCAAACCAAUAGAUCCAUUGGACCACACUUCAAGGUUCCACCAGGUUGGAUGAACCUGAUAUCAAUGCUAGCACUUUCAAUCUGGAUAUACAUUUAUGAGUGCAUCUACAUUCCUCUAGCAAAGAAAAUCACCAAAAAGGCCACAAGAUUAACCAUGGAACAAAGAAUCAAAAUUGGUGUUUUUCUAUCCAUCCUGUGCAUGAUUGUGGCUGCAAUUGUUGAGAAGAAGCGCCGCGACUCGGCUAUAAGACACGGAACCUUUCAUUCACCCAUGAGCUUUGUUCUGUUGUUGCCACAGUUUGCACUGUCAGGCCUGAAUGAAGUCUUUGCUGCUGUUGCUAUCAUGGAGUUCUUCACCUUGCAGAUGCCAGAGAACAUGAGAACUGUUGCUGGGGCAGUUUUCUUUCUGAGCUUGUCUAUUGCAAAUUACAUUGGUUCUCUGAUUGUCAAUGUUGUGCAUAGAGUAACAUCACAGAAAGGAAGGACACCGUGGAUUGGUGGUCAUGAUUUGAAUCACAAUAGGCUUGAGUACUACUAUUAUCUUAUUGCUGCCUUGGGAGCUUUGAAUUUUAUCUACUUCAAUUUCUUUGCUAAAAAGUAUUUGAGAAAUAAGAAGGUGCAACCAGUGGAUUUAGAUAUGGUGUUGGAAAUGGUAGGCACCGAGACAAAGGGAAACAUGAUCAUAGUGUCCUCCUGAUAGAGUUUUAAUUACUCCAAAAAGUCAAGUUCUUUGGUGCUUUGUGUUUUGCUUAGAGAAGCUAGUUUUGGUCUGGUUGUAAUAUACAAUUUAUUAUUAUCCUUUUUUAUGUCUUGAACACUUUAAAAUGUUCCCAGUAAGAUACUAGUAAAUUAGUCUAGGGAUUCAAUUUGAUUAAAUUUU